GAGGAUGCAAUUUAUAAAGCUAUAGGAAGUAUCAAACUAAGGAGAGGGUCACAGAGACAAAGAGUCAGAAUGCAGGGAAGACAAUGCCUUUAUAGUGUGUACUUUAUAACUGCAGUAUACAGGAAUAAGUACAUAUGCAGGAGAAAAGAGGUGGCUAUGAUAAAAACAGAGACAGAUAGGUAGAUAGAGAGAUUGAGAAAGUCUCUAUAGAGGGAGGGCGAUAUAUUGUGAGGGAGGUAGGUGUAGCUCUGCUGUUCAGCUCAUUCUCUCUGCUGUUGCUAUGGAAGAAGACAUUUCAACGCACGAUACUUCGAUUCUAGGGAUGGGAGAGGACGACUGAUUAUUUCUUACUUCUACUGAAAAAUCACUACCUGGUUCUUCAGACAUCCUUAUACCUGUAAUCAGUCACCAAUGGCAGGGAACAAACUAUGCUGCAAACCGGAUCUCUACACUGUUGGUGUGUGUUUAGCGACUACUGUACUGUGCAUAGCAGGGAUUACAUUCAUAAGCAUUGGGUCAUUCUACCUGGAUGAGUGUGAGCUGGAGAGAUACAUCCCAAUCUACGUGCUGGUACAAGGAAUAAUCUUCCUUCUAGCUGGAUGCACACUUGUGAUCCUGCUUUCAAGUGACAAAUUAAUCUUGUUUUUCCUAAUCUUCUGCACACUUUCUAUUUUCUGGUUCUGUUGGUUGAUAACUGGCAGUGUCUGGGUUUUCCGUCACUUCAUCUCCUACCAUGGACAAUGCCAUAAUGUUUUGUACCUCUUUGCGUUUUGGACCUUAAUUGUGCAGUAUAUUAUUCUAAGUACUGCAUUUUUGGCAUCAGUCAUUUACUGCUGCUUCUUUUGUAUCUUGCUUUGGGCUUGUACUGCUGUUCAUGGCUAAAGACCAAGUACAGGAAAAGCAGGCGCAUUUGAACUCAACCUGUGUGCUCUUUGGUACUAAAUGCUGAAACGGAUGGAAAUAAACAAGGAAGGGAGAAGUCUCUCAGGUCUUUAAGGAAGCAAAUGGGGAACAGAUCCAAAUUUGGAGCACAAAGUGUUAAAAAGCCAUUGGACAAACUGGGAGGGCUCAAUUUUUCAACACUGAUUCUGCUAAUUGUCUCUCAAUGGCUUCAUGUGAGAUCAACACGAGCAAUAUAGUUGGAGAUAAAAAGAAGCUCUGUGUGGAAUGCUGCUGACAGACUGGGUGAACAAGACACAUGUUGAGGAACUGUAAAACUGAUUUCAGAGAUUGUUCACUGACAGCUUGUAUAAGAUGUUUAAAAAGGCCUCAAUUUCUGAACACUGUGCAUAAAUACUAUUCAUUUUCUCAGCACUUUGAUGGCUUUUCAUGGAAAACACAAGUAAACCUUUUCUGCAUGCUGCAUUUGAGUCACGAGGUUAAAUAAAACCAGCACUUCUCAAAAA